UUAAGCUUAGAAAAUAAGAUGAGGGGGGAACGGAUAAACUCAUCUUGUGCCCACAAACGUGCCUUGGCAAGCGAAUUCAAGGACAACCUAGUCGGGAUGGUGAUCGCCGUGAAAGGAGGCCCGUGCUCGGGCAAGACCACGCUGGCUCGAGCCUUGGCCAAAUCUUUCAGAUGUACUUUGCUCAGUCAUGAUGAUAUCCUCUCCUGCACCUCCGACACUCCGCGGCUCCCCUCAACCUGCCCAUCCUCCUCCUCCUCUCCCACCAGCCACCUCAAUGACCUGUCCUAUGAGGUACUCUGGCGAGUCGCUGAGACCCAGCUCUGCCGCCAGCACAAUGUCAUCAUAGAUUCCCCACUCCAGGCACAGGCUCACCUGGAUCGCUUGCUGGCCUUAACAAGCUCUGAGAAGAAUGAGAUCAUGCCCAUCAUCAUCGAAUGCUGGCCCCGUGACAAGUCUGAAUGGAGGCGCCGCUUGGGCAAGACUUAUAGUCCUGAAGAAACAGAAAGGACGAUUCUAGAAGAUGAAGACUGUGAUACCAGUGACAUUCCAAAACUCACAAUCGAUACAACUUCACCACUCGGGAUCGAAGAGCACGUGACAAACAUGGAGAAUUUCAUCCUGUCGUGCCUCGACAAGAAGCUGUAUGGCGAGAUGGCGAUUGGUCAAGCGUCCUGGGGCUGCACACAAUGUAAGAUGGCAUAUGUCCGAAAGCUAACUGCUGGUCUACCGAAAAGUCUGAAACACCAAUGCUAUGAGCACGAACUCGCCCUCAUAACAUGUGAACGUAUAUAUGCGUUUGGUAAGACGAGUUUUUUUCCAUGUACGGGCUGUGGAGGCGAAGGAGAGAAUGUGCAUUACUCUUGCACCAACGAUUCCUGUGAGUUCUGGUUACAUGUCAAGUGCGCCUUGAAUCUACCUCUGACAAUCAACCCCGAGUUUCACUGGCACCCUCUUGUGCUCACACCUCGUCCCCUCAUUCCCGAGGGAUGCUGGUGUGAUUUCUGCGAGGAGAGACGGCACCCAGACGUCUGGAUAUACUUCUGUGAAAAGUGCGAGUACCAUGUUCAUGUCGGCUGUGCAAACCCAGAAUUUUAUCAAUCCCCCGACUUAGUUUCGUUGCCUUUAUUUUUAUGAUUAGAUAAAAUUGUAUUCCCCGUUGAAUAAUGGCUGCAGGCUGUAAUGAUAAUUCUGGCAGCAUUGUACUCUCUUGAGACCUUUUCUUUCUUUAUGAAUGCAUGCAUCCCGAGUGUUGGUGUACUCUGUUUCCGUUUAGAUGAAAUCUCCUUUACACUUCGAUCCGGCUUCCUAAUAUAGGGUACACACAAAAAAAAAUCCACUUUAGACUUUUGAUGUCUUUAUCGUAAAAGGGAAGAGUUCAAUAGAAAAAAUUCAUAAUGUACCAACAAAUUCGAACUGGAUUAGUCCGGAUUUAUUGAACUUUCGAAUACUAAAGUGCACAUCGAAAAAAAAAUCCAUCGACUAAUAAGUUAUUGAUUGAGUGAUAAUCAACAUCAAUCGCGCCCAAUAAGCGCAUUUGUUGAGAGGAGUAACCUUUAAGUGCUCUAAUCUCAAGAUUACGGGAGUAAUAUAUC